AAUGGCUCCUCGCUAUUAAAGGUGUCUUUUCACAAAAAAAGUAUCUUACAUAUUUGCCCUGCAUUCUUGUAACAUCUGAAGCUGAAAAUUACAGUGAUACAGAAUUAAGAUGGUGCUCCUGAAUUGGAAGGCAUUGGAAAAUUUUCCACUUCUAAUGUACAUUUUAGCUGCUAAAACUUUAAUUCUUUGCUUAGCAUUUGCUGGGGUAAAAGUAUAUCAAAGGAAAAGACUUGAAGAAAAGCUGAAAAAGGAACAAGCAGAAAAGCAGAAAAAAGAAAUGGAGAAAAAAGAAAACUGAAGAUCUAAAGGUGAUGAUCUUCCAGUCUUUCUGUUCAGUUGUAUUAGACAAUUGGCUUAUGCCAAGAUCAUCAUCUGGAGGCUCACUAUGGGAAAAAUGUCAACUCAGAUAUUUAACUUAAUACAUAAAACAUGUUGGAACUGGAGCAGCAGAAGAAUAUAUUUGAAUUAGGCACAUCCUGAUCCAGGCAUAUUAUUUGAAUAAGCUGCACUGCUUGUUUUACUGGGCCUCUGGGGCAACCUUGUAAAUGAAGGCUGAAACAGCUCCAACUCUUUUUUUAAAAUGAAAGAAUCAGCGUUGCAAUUUCAGGACAUUCUAAAGAACUGGAAAUAAUUGCUUUGAUUAUAUGUGAAGUAUUUGUUCCACAUCCCCAUGCACUUAAUACACAAACACACACAUAUUCAGAUAUAUAUAGACCUCAGCCUAUGAGAACAGAACAUUGACCAACAGUUUACUAAAUAUGUGCAAAAUGUGAUUAACAUGCAAAAAUGUGAUUAACACUCUGUUUGACAACUGAGAACAGUAAUUUAUGAUCUGAGAGCUUAGGAAGUCUUCUUUUAUGAUUGUCCUUUUGAUUGGCAUAUUUUAUUAUUUGAUACAUGAUAAUUGCUGCAUUCAGAACUUGUGUGAAUGGGAGAUUUACAAAGGUGAAUUUCAGAACACGAAACAAUUUUGGUUUCCUGGGAAAACAAUGAAAUUAUGAAAUAUUAUAUAGUGCUUUGAACCUCAAAUGGCAUAUGCAUUCGUAAACUGGCUUGAAUGUUGCCUUCUGAUAACUUUUCAAAUGAUUAGGUUUCUCGAACUAUUUUAUUUUAAGCAUUCCAAAAUAAAAUAAUAUUGUGCUAAAACAUCACAUCACAAAAUCUGAAGAAACAAUAAGAAACAAAUCUUGAAACCCAAAUAUAAUUUACAUUUUGCAAAUUGAAUUUAAGAAAAAUAUUUGAAUAAAAAUCGAGUA